AUGAGUGAUCCACUUCAAAAGAUACGCAAGAAAAUGAAUUGUGCAGGCCGUACGGGGAGGUACACCCUGAUUGAAAAAUGGCGGGAUACGGAGAGGCAUUUAGCACCUCAUGAAAACCCGAUCAUUUCUUUGAACAAAUGGGGACAACACGCCAGCGACGUCCAGCUCGUCUUACGACGUACCGGCCCAUCGCUUAGCGAGCGGCCGACUUCAGACAGCGUCGCUCGGAUCCCGGAAAGGACUUUGUACCGCCAAAGCCUCCCUCCCUUGGCCAAGCUGAGGCCCCAGAACGACAAGUCGAUCAAACGGAGGGAGCCAAAACGGAAAUCGUUGACCUUCACUGGGGGUGCCAAAGGCUUGAUGGACAUUUUCGGGAAGAGCAAAGAGUCCGAGUUCAAGCAGAAGGUCCUCCACUGCAAGACCACGACGGACGAGUUGAAGAAGCUCGUCCGCCUUCAGACAGAGAAGCUGCAGUCAGUGGAGAAACAGCUGGACUCCAACGAGGCCGAGAUCCGAUACUGGGAGCAGAAGUUCAGCUUCAGCCUGGAGGACGAGAUCCUGAAGCUGGAGCAGAAGCUGAAGCGGAAUGAGGUGGAGAUUGAGGAGGAGGAGUUCUGGGAGAACGAGCUCCAGAUCGAGCAGGAGAACGAGAAGCAGCUGAAGGAGCAGCUCCAGGAGACCCGUCAGCGGGUGGCAGACUGUGAAAGCCGGCUGAGGGACUAUGUGGCCAAGAUCCGCCACAUGGAAAGCGGCUUGGAGGCAGAAAAGCUGCAGCGGGAAGUCCAGGAGGCACAAGUCAACGAAGAGGAAGUCCGGGAGAAGAUCGAGAAAGUCCGAGGAGAACUUGAUCUCCACGGGCAGCAAAGCCUCCGCCUGGAAAAUGGACUCAAAGCCGUGGAGAGGUCUCUCGGGCAGGCGACCAAGCGGUUACAGGAAAAGGAACAAGAACUGGAGCAGCUGACAAAAGAACUGCGUCAAGUCAACCUUCAACAGUUCAUCCAGCAGACGGGGACGAAAGUCACAGUCCUCCCAGCUGAGCCCGUUGAAUUGGAGACGUCGCACCCAGAGCUCGAGAAAG